CAUUUUGCACUCUCCCAGAACGAAACUGUCAGUCGAACUGUUCCAAAUGUUCCAAUAAUAUUUUAUUUAUGUCAAAAUAAAAAAGUGAUUUUAAUUUGUGAAAUCUAUAAAUUAUUAAAUUGCAGUACAAAGAGCAGGGUAACUGAUUCAGCGAACGCUGAAUCUGAAACAUACUUCUGUAGAUUUUCUUAUUAGUGUUAGUUCAAAUGUGCAAAUGAACAGCGCAAAAUAAUGGGUUGCCUUUCGUGGAUUCGAGAAUUUAAAAUGCCCUUUUCUUUUAAGGACAAAGAGUUAAAUAAAAUUGCAGCAUUCUUCAACAUCACUACUUUUCUGCUAACCUGUGCAGCUUUAGUACAACCCAGCUGGUUCCGUAUUAGAGGACUUCAUUGUACACAGAGUUUGGCAUUAACUCAGUUUUUUUCAUUUGAUGGUGAUGACGACUUAGGUGAAGAUGAUCAGAUAAAUAUACAUCAAGAUAGCAUUUUUAACCAAAAAAUUGAGUUUGAUAAAAGUCUCCCUCCAUGUAAAACUGCAGCAACUAUAACACUUAUGCGAGUACUUAUUUUACUGUGUUUCAUGGUGCUACUGUGUUCAUGUAUUGGUGCAAUCAUCAAUAUUACAAGCUUUAAUAGUAAAGCUAUAAAAUUGUUGAGAAGAAACGCCAUUCCAAGCAUACUGUGUGUAUUCUGGGUGAUAGCCAUUGUCGGUGUUUGUUAUUAUACAACUGUUCUGCUGGGAAAUACAAAUAACAGUGAUCCGAACAUGAUACAAGUCGAUUAUGAAUAUGGAUUUUAUACUAUUACUGCAGCAGGUGCUAUGGCCUUAUUAGCUUCAGCAGCUAAUUUAUGGGGUGCACCUUUAUCUAGUGAUGAAGAUAUCCAAAGACGGAAUUUAAUGGAAGACUGGGAUGGAUAUGAAGCUCACAGUGUUGGCCCCACUCCUGCUGUACCAACCUUACCUCCUUAUACUCCAAGUCCAGACUACGUACACAUAUUGUCAACUGCAUAUGCACCUCCAGUACUGGGAAGUCAACAAUAUUUUCCAUUCGAUGAUCUCUCUGUACUUCCUCCUCCACCACCUUACACACCAUAAACGUUAAUGUAAUUGUGAUAAAUCACUAGUUACAGAUAAAUGUUUGUUCGUUCAACAUACUAAAUGUAUAUUUAGAUUAUUUUGUCUUUCUUUUAAUAUGUUUAAUUUUAUUUUCUUCAUUUGAAUAGAUAGUUGAAUCUCAUUUAAAGUAUCGUUAUCGCUGCAGUCAAAGAAUGCAGUGUUCUCUUAAAUCCUUGUCUAAUUUAAAUACUGGACCUAGCAGUCUCAGUAUGACUUAUUGGCUUUUGCAUGAAAAAAAUAUCAAACAUGCAUCUUCCCACCACAAAAAGGGAAGAUCUAAUGUCUGGGCUUUACAAAUGGGCGUUUGAAGCCAAAUCAACCCCGACUGACUAAAAAUGGCUGUGUCCCUUCCCUAUACCUUUCGGGGAGUCCAAGCUGAUACUAUAAAAUAUCUUGUGUUAAGAUUAACACUGAAGAAACAGCCUUCAAUGGCUAGACCCGCCGAAAAACCAAGCAUAAGACGAACUGCUUCCUCUAUAGAUAGCAGGUGCUUCCCUACUGAUGAUAGCAGCCCCCGUUAAAACAAGUCUUACAGCUGUAGUGGUAUAUGUCUGGCAGAUCACAAAGCAAUGCGGUGCUAAAGUAUGCUUCACUCCGCUAGAAAUCGAUCACAUUCCGAAGCCCUGCUCGAUAGCACCAUAUAAGACCGGCGCAUUAAUGUCUACUUUACAAAAUUAAAGGACUCUUGAAGGUUGCACUUGCUCUAUUUUUACCCAGACAGCACAAGUUUAUUGAGCUCUCUCGGCACAAUGAGACAGACCAGUGUGAGUCACAACGGUUUUAAUAAGCCCAAACUCAAAAUUAGAUAUAAUAAUUAAAUAAUGAAAUUCUAAAUAUAUUUGUAAAUUUGUUUAUUUAUAGUUAACAAAAUGUAAUUAUUUUCAAUAUUUUCGCUUUCGGUUUAUUGAAAUCUAAUGAGUAGGAGUGGGUGAUAUAAAUCGUAUAUAGAUUCAAUAUCUAUAUAUCGCAGCAAUAUCGUUGAAUCCGAUAUCGCCCCGCACGAAAUCUAUAUAUCGAUAUCAGCCGAUACACGAUAUUGCUCGAUGUGAUGCGCAUCGCCAUAUCGGACCGAUUCGUGAAUCGAAAUCUAUAUUUCGAUAUCAGCCGAUACACGAUAUUGCUCGAUAUGAUGCGCAUCGGCAUAUCGUUCCGAUUCGUUAAUAUCAGCAAUAUUCGUUUGGUUCGUAUCGAAUCGGCCAGAGUGAGUGAGCGCACGAUAGGGAUAUCAUGUGAUGAAUGAAACAGAAACAGGCAUUAUCCAUACAAUUGUAAACCUUAUAUUUAAGUCCAUAUGUCUGUAGAUUAUUCUUAGCGUAUCAGCAGGAUACAAUUAAGGAAAGAAGUUUCAACUUUCGACCCUAACUUGAAUGCAGUAUAGCCUAUUUGCAUCGUUGAAUUUAAUUUCACGCGCUUUGACCUUGAACUAGAAUUUUUGGACAAGUGUUUAUAAAUACUUAAAAGUUUUUUGUGUUUGAUUUUUAAAGUACACAUUUUUCUAUUUUUAGUUGAAUCCAAAUAAUUGAGUUUAUUUCUUGUGUUUGUAUUAAACUUUUGAAAUCUACACUCUUUUGGUAUAUUUUGUAAUUUUAAAUUAAGACACAAAAUACUAAAAACUGAAAAUAAUGUAGCCAGUCCUAAGCCUGGUAAAAGCAUGAAGGAAAGUUUUUUUCAUAUUUUUAUUUUCAUGUUCUUUUUAUUACUUUAUGAUCAUAUUAUAAAUUGAUAUCAGAAAACCAACCGUAUAACGUUGACUUAAAUCUAUAUCUACUACGAUAUUAUAUCAGCGUAUCGUUUCAAAUCUCAAAUAUCAUGAAUCGAGAAAAUCUACUAGCAUCCAUCAAUAUAUAGAUUCAGAAAAUAUAUAGAUUCAAUAUCCGAUAUUGAUCCUCGAUAUAUAGAUACGAUUCGAUACGCGGCAAAACCGAUAUUACCCACUCCUACUAAUGAGUUGAAAUAUCGUUAAAACUAUCAAGAUUUUAUUCUAUUUGUAUAUUGUGGUUGUGAGAUGAUUAAAAAUAUCGGUUCACAUAAGUAUGUGUGUGAUUUGCCAUUUUAGUGCCUAAUGUUAUUGUUUUUCUCUAAAAGUAAAACAUCUUAAUCUUAGCUUACUUAGAAAUUAUUAAUACACUCUUUGUUUUCUAAUCGAUUAGCAUUCUUAAUUCAAGCAAUAUUUCUUUAUAUGUAAUGGCAUUAUUUGUGUGAAUGAUUAAUAUAAAUCAGUACAAUUAGGUAUAUGAUUUAACCUUGCGUUUAUUAUUUUCAUUUUAUAAUUUUUGAGUUUUCUAAUCUUCCACGAGAUUCGUGAUCACAAAAAUCAUGAAAUGAAAGUAAUAAACACUAGAUUGAAACUUAAAAGUACCUAAGUUUUAAUUAUUUCUACAAAUUUGCGAAAUACCAUAAAUUGUUCUUCAUUGAAGUUGGCUAAUAAAGUAAUUGUCUUUAUUAGACAGCUGCAUCACUUUAGUGAUUAGGAAUACUAUAGUAGAAUUAUUUUGUCCGUGCAGUUUGGGUCAUAAAAAAUCGGAGCGGUAAAGCGAGUAUUCCGCUCUCUUCCACUCACGAGCCUUAUGGACGGGCAUAGUAAUGCGUUGUCGAUAAGCGUUAUCGAUAGUGUAUUUAGUUUUGUCAUUUUGUGGGUUAGUGAUAAAAAUGAAAGAAAAAAUCACUAAUCGAACACUUACACAACUUAUCGCCGCAGCAAGUUAACGAGAACGGCAGAAAUUAACACUUGUAUCUUUUCGGGAUCUAUUCUUAUUUCAGUGAAAAUUUUUAACACAUUGUUGAUAACAACACGUGCAAUUAUUAUUUUGAAUAAAUUCUGCCGUUUUGAUACAAAACAAGGGAGUAGCCAUUGUGUCACUAAAGAAAUUCAGAGAACGAAUGCAUAAAAUCACAUUUCUCUUCGACAUAAUGUACUAUCAUUUGCAGGUAAGUAUAAAUGACUCAUGACAUAACAAUGUCUCACCGCCCUUCGUAUACCACCCCGUCGCCGUGUACCUGCAUUCGAUGACUCAUUUGUUUUUAUCGAUAAUGACGUUGCCCGCGCAACAUGCUCACCGCCCUAGCCGGGCUAUGUUUUAUGACCCAAACUGCACGGACAAAAUAAUUCUAGUAUAGUUAACAUACUUUAUAUUGUAGGUAUAACAGCAAAAACAGUUUUUAUAAGGAAACUAUCAAAAAAUCGCGAGAAUUCUAAAGUUAAUAAAAUAAAUCGCAAGAUUAAACUGUAAAACUGAUUCUUAAUCGUAUCUACGACUUGUGAAACCUAAGAAUGUACUAUAAUAUUAUUUUGGUUUAUUGUUUUUUCUUUAUCUUAAUUUACUUGAUAUUCAAAUGUGUUAAUUGUAUUAUAUAUGCAAUUUUUAUCAUUUAAAAAUUAGCUAUGAAAUUAAAAUAUAACAUUAUUUUGAAAAUGUUAUUGGAAAAUGAAAUAGCUAGUUUCCAAUAUUAUUUUGGUUUAUUGUUUUUUCUUUAUCUUAAUUUACUUGAUAUUCAAAUGUGUUAAUUGUAUUAUAUAUGCAAUUUUUAUCAUUUAAAAAAUAGCUAUGAAAUUAAAAUAUAACAUUAUUUUGAAAAUUUAUUGGAAAAUGAAAUAGCUAGUUUCCAAGUUUUAUUACUAUACAGCGUGAGCAUGACGGUAUCGCCUUAAAAGAAAAAGCGGCUUUUACUAGUCCAUAAGAACUAUAAAAUAAUUAGAUCUUUAACUUUACCUAAAACAAAUUAUUUUGUCUAAAAUUGGUAACCAUAAUUGAAGUAAAUCACACGAGCCUUUGACUCCAAACCAGGAUUCCCUGUAUUGUAAAAAUUUUAAACUGAUAUACACACGACUACGUACCUUAAACUUAUCACAUUUAGAGAAACGCAAAAAAUGGAUUUAAAAUGUCAAUGUAGAUUAUUAAUUUGAAUUUUACUUAAUAUUUCUAAUAUUAUUUUAAAUAACAAACAAGCGAUCAAAAAGAAAUAUACUUAAUCAAACUGAAAAAAUAAUUUACAGAAAAGAAACUUUUUCGUAUCUACUUACCAUUUUAUUAGUUUUUUAAAUACCUAGUGAUACCGUUCUAGCUCCUCGAACUGCUUCCAUUCUUGUCAUAUCUUAGAUUCAUAAUAAUUAAAUGAAUCCUUAAAUUGCGCUCCACAGCUGGUAGUUUUGCCUUUCUUAUUUUAUCUUCCAAAUAUUUUUUUUGCGUUUCUCUACUUUUUUCUUGGGUGUAUAUAUUAAUUUAAACACGCAGAAAACUAAAGUAAACAAUAAGAAUAAAAGGUACAGAAUAUAAGAAUAAAAGAAUAAAGUAGGUAGUAAAAUUAUUUUACGAUAUAAACGAAAGUCGAAAAACAACCAUUUAAAUGCUUAAAAGUAUUCCUAUAGUGGUUUUCGUAUUUGAAGAAAUAGGUCUCAAUCUUGACAUUAAAUCGACUCUGUUAAAUAUAUGUUAAUGAUUAUUUGGGCCAAACUCUGAAACAACACCACAUACUUGUUCGAUUUGUGGCGAUAUCGUCAUUCACCCUAAAAUUCUAUACUUGUAUAGAUUGUUUCUAUUUACAUUUAUUAAUAAUCAUAUUCAUCACAUCGUCAUAAGAGGAGCUUUUAGAGUUAAUAAAUGUAGAUUCACAAUAAUUAAUCGAAUAAAAUGUAGGUACCUAACAUUAUUGGAGUCCUGUUGUUAGAAGGUAGCAUCCAUAUAUAAACCGUGUUACCAAAAAUAUGAGAAGGUUAUUAGUUUUAUUGUUUGUUAUGUACAGAAACUCUUCAUAGUGUAAGCAUAGCUAUUCCCAGUACCUAUAUUUGACUGGGAAUUUUAUUUUUACAUAAUAUAAUGGAGACUAAAUUUAUUUUUGUGUAAGACCAAUAUGCAAUACAUAUCUACAAAUAAAA